AUGUUUGGUUCAUACGGAUCCUACAGCUCCAUGUGUGCUGCUUCAGCGCCCAUGGAUAUCACCUCCCGCAGCCUCAGCGCUCACGACUCCACCUGCGCCUUUCCCUCGUGGCCUCGCCGGUCUUCCCUCUCCGAGUCUGACCGCGAGGAGCGCCCGACGUCCUAUCUCUCCGACGACGACCUCUUCCUCAGCGAUCCCUUCGACGACGACACCCGCUCCGUCUCCAGUGCUGGCAGCGCCUCUUCACCCGCCCACUCCCAGGGUGCCAUCUCUCCUCCUCACAUCAUCACCGACGCUGAGAUCCUCGAGAUGGAGCGCGAGCGCCUAGCCAUGCAGCGAGAGUUUGUCCGCGGCAUCGUCAGCGAGAAGGAGCGUCGCCGCGCCGCCGCCCGCAAGCAGCGCAAGAGCAGCCCUAGCUCCAAGAAGAGUCCCAAGAGCAAGCUCAGCUCCAUGGCUCCCAUCGCGGAAUCCCAUUCCGGAUUUCAUCGACUACGACACUAUCUACUCAUACGCGCUGGCGCAACACUCGACACCAGCUUAAUACUCAACACUCUAUUCACCGGCGAUGACGACAUUCGCCCGGCGGCACAGGCCAAAGGCGAUUCUGGCCACCCCCACAACACACCGCAACUGAUGCGCACCCGAGGCAGCCUACAACGUGGCACGGGGAUGCAGAGGGCUGACUGCAACGCAACCCCAAAAGGCAUGACUCAGAAAGGCGGGCAAACCUCGAGGGCCAAAGUGGAGGCCAUCGUUCCGACCGGUGCCGAGCCCUCGGUCGCUUGCCGGGUAGAUGGCGAUGCCAGCAGUGGGGCAAAGUCCCUCCGCGCCGGAUAA